AUGAAUCAUUUUUAUGAAAUUCUCAACCAGCAUCAAAUCCAAGAAAUGAGGUACAGCAUUGCCGAAGAAAUAAAUUUGUUCCAAAAAAUCAUGUUUGAUCAUUCAAAAUAUUGUGCGCACGCACAACUGAGUAUUGUACACCUUGACAAUUAUUGUUGUUUAUGUUUGGCUUAUGUUCAGUUUAUGCUUCGGUUUCGAUUUGAGCGCAUUAAUUUCUACUUGUAUGAAACAGCAUGGAACACGAAGCAUACAGCGACGCAAAACUGAUAGAACUCGUAAAAAGACAGCCUGCUAUUUGGUGCAAAGAUGAUCCGUUGUAUAAUAAUCGGAUAGCGGAUAAAACAAUCUGGAGUGAAAUCAGCGAUCUGCUAGAGAUGGAUGUUCACAUUCUGAAGAAAAAGUGGCAUACACUACGCGGCCAGUAUCGUAGAGAGAUUCGCUUGUACUCCCGUAGAUCGAAAUGGAAACAUUUCAAACGAUUAAGUUUUCUGGAACAAAGCUUAUUGCCGAAAGGAUUACCAGCAGUUGUUAUGAAAAACGAAGCUGUCCAUGAUUAUGAAGGCGAUCCGAUCAGCAUUGAACCAUCUCAGCUGGACACACCUUCGGAACAUAAUGUCCCGCUGAAGGAAGAGUCAUUCGAUUGGUCCUGCAGCUCAACUGUGUCACCUAGAGUAGAGAAAAAUUGUGAAUCACCGAGAGUCGAGCCCAAGGUACCGGUGGUGGAUGUUAGCAAUGAGAGUAAUUACUACUUCGCACUCAGUUUAAUAGGUAUCUUAAAUUCUAUACCCAAGAAAAAUGAAUUGGCCGCUCGUAUAGCUAUACUGAAUGCGUUGAAAGAUUUUCAACCAGCGCAUACGGAAAAUAUGCAUUAGGUUUUGAACUUGUUAUCUAGGGACAGUCUAAUGUACGAUUUUGUAUUGUAAAAAAAGUUUCUAGAAACGUUUGGUUCAUUACUAGCGUUAAUUUAGUUUAGUAUUUAGUGUACUAUUCUUAUGUAUGCUAAAUUAAGAUGUUGGUGAUAACAUAAAUUAACGCAGUUUUUUUUUCCUUAGCUAAGACAUUGCGUACGGAUCAUAUGUGUAGUGAUAGUGUUUAACUUUAUAUUUAGUGACGAGAAAAAUAUAAAUGACACGUGUUUGAA